CCCCGUGGGAUCGCGGGCCCGGAGUCCGGCAUGUCGGACACGUGGAGCUCCAUCCAGGCCCACAAAAAGCAGCUGGACUCCCUGAGGGAGCGCCUGCAGCGGAGGCGGAAGCAGGACGGCGGACACCUCGACCCCCGCAACCCGGAGGCCGCCCUGUCCCCGGCCUUCCGCAGCGACAGCCCCGUGCCGACGGCCCCCGCCCCCGGGACCCCCGAUCUCUCCACGGACCCCGAGCUGGAGAAGAAGCUGCUGCACCACCUCUCCGACCUGGCCCUCACCCUGCCCACCGAUGCCGUGUCCAUCCGCCUCGCCAUCUCCACGCCCGAGGCCCCCGCCACGCAGGACGGGGUGGAGAGCCUCCUGCAGAAGUUCGCCGCCCAGGAGCUGAUCGAGGUGAAGCGGGGUCUCCUGCAGGACGCCGCCCACCCGACGCUGGUGACCUACGCGGACCACUCCAAGCUCUCGGCCAUGAUGGGGGCCGUGGAGGAGAAGAAGGGGCCCGGGGACGGGGCGGGGCUGGGCCCGGGCCAGAAGCGGCGGGCGGAGCAGGACCUGGGCCCGGCGGCGGCCUUCGCCGGCUCCGCCGCCUCGGGCCCGUCCUCCCUGGCUUCGGAGCCGGCCCGGGAGCCCCCCAAGAAGUCCCGCAGGCCCGCCGCCUCCGACCUCGACCUGGAGAUCGAGAGCCUCCUGAACCAGCAGUCCACCAAGGAGCAGCAGAGCAAGAAGGUGAGCCAGGAGAUCCUGGAGCUGCUGAACACGACGACCGCCAAGGAGCAGUCCAUAGUGGAGAAGUUCCGCUCGCGCGGCCGCGCCCAGGUGCAGGAGUUCUGCGACUACGGCACCAAGGAGGAGUGCAUGAAGGCCAGCGACGCCGACCGGCCCUGCCGCAAGCUGCACUUUCGGCGCAUCAUCAACAAACACACGGACGAGUCGCUGGGCGACUGCUCCUUCCUCAACACCUGCUUCCACAUGGACACGUGCAAGUACGUCCACUACGAGAUCGACGCCUGCGUGGACCCCGAGGCCCCCGGCAGCCUGGACCGCGGCCCCAGCCAGGAGCUGGCCCUCACCCAGGGCGUCGGGGGAGACCCCAGCGUGGACCGCCUCUUCCCGCCGCAGUGGAUCUGCUGCGACAUCCGCUACCUGGACGUGAGCAUCUUGGGGAAAUUUGCGGUGGUGAUGGCGGACCCGCCCUGGGACAUCCACAUGGAGCUGCCCUACGGGACCCUGACGGACGACGAGAUGCGCAGGCUCAACAUCCCCGGGCUGCAGGACGACGGCUUCCUCUUCCUCUGGGUCACGGGCAGGGCCAUGGAGCUGGGCAGGGAAUGUCUGAACCUCUGGGGGUACGAGCGGGUGGAUGAGAUCAUCUGGGUGAAGACCAACCAGCUGCAACGCAUCAUCCGAACCGGCCGCACGGGCCACUGGCUGAACCACGGCAAGGAGCACUGCCUGGUGGGCGUCAAAGGCAACCCCCAAGGCUUCAACCGCGGCCUGGACUGUGACGUGAUCGUGGCCGAGGUCCGCUCCACCAGCCACAAGCCGGACGAGAUCUACGGCAUGAUCGAGAGGCUGUCGCCGGGGACCCGCAAGAUCGAGCUGUUCGGACGCCCCCAUAACGUGCAGCCCAACUGGAUCACCCUCGGGAACCAGCUGGAUGGCAUCCACUUGCUCGACCCGGACGUGGUUGCCCAGUUUAAGCAGCGCUAUCCCGACGGCAUCAUCUCGAAACCCAAGAACAUGUAGGAGGCCCGCUGCCCCCUCCAUCCCAUCCCGCCCCGCUCCUGAUCCGGCCGGGGUGCGGCUCUCCCGGUUUCCGGGUGGGAAGUGGGGUCGCCGUCUGUGCGGCCGAGGGUUCGGAGUGGCGGCGGCGGCCCGCUCCGCAUAAAAAAUGCU